UUGCGCCUCUCACAUGCAACCGAGCCUUCACUGUGUUUGUGCCUGAAGAGAGGAGAAGAGAGGAGAGAUGAUCCUGACUGGACCUGCAUCAUGGAGCGCAAACUGAAACCGUCACAAAGGAUUUACAUGUGGAGUGACGGCGAGGCUGCACGCGCGGUGUAACGGGAUGACACUUGUCAUGAGCGCGAGGAUUAAAAAUAAAAAUAAAACAAAAUAAAAAAGACCUCAGAAUGAUUCUUGGAGUUCAGCAAGCCACGCAUCUGUCUGUGAGGAUGCGGGAUUCGUUGUAGACGCGCGUGCUUGGGGAUGCACGUUUGCAUAACUAAACCCGUUUAGGAUGCUCGCGCUGAGGAAGAGGAUUUAAGAGCGAGCUUCUUUCCGGCGGACGCGGUCAUGGGUGUGCUGCUGCUCUGCCUCCUUUUGCACGCGGGACUGGCGCGCGCCACGCACGACGGCUACGUGGAGUGGUCGGACGGCGGUGACGACGACGACGACGACGCCGCCGCCACCGCCGAAAUCGGCGCGAGGCAACACCGCGUCCGUGGCACGGAGCGCGCGACUUCGGCGGGAGCCGGGGCGGAGGAGCUGCCGCGCGUGGUGGCCGCCUUCCUCCACACGGGCGACGCGUCCGCGCUCGCGCACGUGAACUGCUCGCGGCGUUACGAGCUCAGCAGCCUCGGUUCCGCUCCGCCGGCGCCACCCGUCGCUUCCGUACACUCCGUUCGCGCAGCGCUGGACGCCGUGUCGCGCGCCGCCGACUUCCUAAACGCGCUGGCGCGAGAGGCGAAGCAAGAAGAGCAGCAGCAGCGGCAGCAGCAGCAGCAGGUGUGGUAUCGCGCGCUGGUUCGGAGCAUGCUGGACCGCGAGCCCAAGAUCCACCGCGCCGCGCUCGCGCUCCACGCCGAGCAGCUCCACCUCCAGGCCACCAGGAUGGACGGGCACGUGGAGCUGCGAGAACUUCCGGUUGAGGAGUCCGAGUGGAACCGCCAGGUCCGGAAAAGAACCCAGAUGAUAACGCAGACUCGAAGCUCCCAGAGCACACAAGGUCACGUGCAGUGGUCCGCGCCGUAUCUGGAGUGUGAGCGCGGGCGCUUCAUCCCGCACUGGCUUCUAACGCUGUCGGUGAAAGUGUAUGAGCUGAACACAGAGCCAGAGAUCAGGGGCGUGGUAAGGGUUGAUGUCAAUCUGCAGGAUGUGGACAUUGAUCAAUGCUCCAGCGCUGGCUGGUUUGCCGGCACUCACCGUUGCAAUCUGACCACAAUGGAGUGUAAACCGAUUCCAGGCCACGGCUUCGUGUUGGACAAGUACAAGUGCCAGUGCAGGAGGGGGUUUUACCAACACAGCCGAGUGGCACUCAACGGCUUCUCCAAAUUGGAACGGGAUCAUUAUGUUGGGGCCGAACCCUCCGACGUGCCGGCUCGCUGUCUGCCGUGUCAGGAUGGCUGUGUGUUCUGUCGGGAUGAUACGCCGUGUCUGGCGCAGGAGGAUAGCAUCCUCCGCCUCGCCGUUGUCUCGUUCCAGAGCCUGUGUGUGCUGCUCGACUUCAUCUGCAUGACUGUGGUGUACCGCUUCCGUCGCAGCAAGAGAAUCAAAGCGUCUGGUUUUAUUCUUCUUGAGGCCAUCCUGUCAGGUGCCAUGCUCCUCUAUCUUCCCGUGAUGGUACUUUACUUUCAACCGAACGUUCUGCACUGCAUUCUCCUGAGAUGGGUUCGCCUUCUGGGCUUCGCUACGGUGUACGGAACGGUGAUCCUCAAACUCUUCCGGGUGUUGAAGGUGUUCCUGUCACGUACGGCCCAGCGGAUCCCUUACAUGACCAGCUGCCGUGUUCUCCGUUUGCUUGGUGCCAUAUUGCUUGUAGUGCUCUGGUUCCUGGUGGCCUGGACCUCAGCUGUGUGCCAGAGUCGUGAUACUCAUCAUGGACUCAUUGAGGAAGGUGUGACGCUAGAGGGUCUGCAGUUCAGCAUGUGCAAGCUUGACCGCUGGGACUACAUGAUGGCUGUUGCUGAGCUUCUCUUCCUGCUGUGGGGGGUCUACCUGUGCUAUGCCGUUCGCACCGUACCCUCCGCAUUUCACGAGCCACGCUACAUGGCAGUCGCCAUCUAUAACGAACUCCUCAUCUCAGCCAUAUUUCACAUCAUUAGGUUCACCCUGGCUUCUGGCCUCCACCCAGAUUGGAUGCUGAUGUUAUGUUUUGUUCAUACACAUUUGACGGUGACAGUGACUCUGGGAUUGCUGCUCAUCCCAAAGUUUGUGUUCACUGGUACUCACAGGCAGGAUGACAUCGCCACUGAGGCCUAUGAGGACGAGCUGUACAUGGGCCGAUCUGGCUCCUACUUGAACAGCAGCAUAAAUUCUGCCUGGAGUGAGCACAGUUUGGACCCUGAAGACAUAAGAGAGGAGCUAAAGAAGCUCUAUGGCCAGCUAGAGAUCUAUAAGCGAAAGAAGAUGAUGGCGAAUAACCCUCAUCUCCAGAAAAAACGCAACUCCAAAAAAGGCAUUGGACGUUCACUUAUGCGGCGCAUCACAGAAAUACCCGAGACAGUGAGCCGUCAGUACAGUCGAGAAGACAGGGACGGAAGUGAACAUGGCAGCAAUCGCAGUACCCUACGUAGAAACCCAUUUGAAUCUUCCCAUGGUGGAAAAUCCAGAGAGGACUCUCUAAAGAGUAAGGUAUUCUCCUUGAAAAGGUCCCAUAGCUAUGACCAUACACAUGACCAGGCGGGGAACACAAAUGGUGUUCCGGCUGAUAAAAUGGACAACUCUACAACUGAGUUGUCUCUGCUGGAAAGCUUAAUGGGGAGAAGGUCUGCAAAGAAAAAUCCAGAGGUACCAAAGGUCGAACCUGCAGAAUCUGCAGAGUCGGUGCCACUUGUGUGCAAGUCCAUCAGCGCACACAAUCUUGCAGCAGACAAGAAGCCUAUGCAUCUCCGGUCCUCGAUGAUACAGAAGUCUCUGAGUGUCAUAGCCAGUGCCAGAGAGAGAACCCUGGGGCUUGCAGGGAAGACCCAUAGUGUUGAGGACGCAAGUAAGAAAGGGCUCAAGGCCAGAGACACCAGGAUGCUUUCAGAAGUUGACGAGUCUCCUGAAUGCUUCCCAAAGAUGAUCAUCAGCCAAUCUGUCGAGUACACCAAGACCCCAAGCAAAAUGGGCAUCAUGAAGCAACAAGUGAGCGGAAGUCAGCCUUCAAUUUGCUCUGAACCAGGGAGAAGCAAGGACCUUUAUGACCUUUCAGAGGUUUGCCCCUGGGAAAUGGAAGAUUUGCCCAUUCUGUCAGAGGGGAAAGCUCAAAAGCAUGUUUCCAUUGCCCCGAGUGAGACUAACAUGAUUCAUGAGAGCAGCUCUAAAAGUGGAAAGUCUCAACACAAACAAAGGAUGGUGGUUCCAUCUCCAUCAAUCCGCCACCGUUCCAAAGAUAAGGGUGGUAACAGAGAGGAAGGGAGUGACAAGAAUGAUGGGAGGAAACCCAAAACACCACUUAACCUGAAUGCCUACAAAGCAGAGGUCUGCCCUUGGGAAUUUGAGGAUCCAUCUUCCAAAGGAGCUGAGACCCUUGACAGGACUAGCCGCAAGAAAAGUGUCACUCCGACAGAUGGAAAGCCCAAGAUCAUCCUCUCAGACAUCUCCAAAUCCACUGGAAGCCUUCUGCAGCCUCCAGCCCUUAUGGUGGACAUUUGUCCAUGGGACUAUGACCAACCACCAUCUCCUAACCAGGACAAGACCUCAAGCCCCACACAUCAUUCAAAGAGAAGGGACUCUAACUCAAAAAGAAAAGGUUCUUGCUCAUCAAAAGGGAAGGGGAAGGAUAAAGAGGACAAUAGCCAAAGAUCCAAAAGCAGGGAGAGACGAAGCUCUUCCAGUAAACCUUCUGAGAAACGCCGUGUCAGCCAGACAUCAGAGAGUGGCCAGGUUACCAUGACAGCAUCUGGUAGAAGGAGAAGCUCGACAAAAGAGGUUGGAAUCACUGAUUGUAAACAUGCUGCAGUAUGCCCUUGGGAAACAGAGUCUAUGCCAAGUGUCACCACAAAGGAUGGGGACCUCCACAAAACAUCUCAAUCAACUGCACCAGCUGCUAGUAAAUUCAACAUGGCUGAGGUUUGCCCAUGGGAUUUCGAUGAUAAGACAUUAGGGAACCAUGCAUGACACAAUUACACACUUAUCAGUGAAUAUUAUGCUCUCUAGAUUGGAUUCCUGAGAUGACGGAAGGUGACGUGAGAACUGCCUUAUGUUCACUUGUCUCAUUACAGUUUUCAAAAGCCCAUCUCACACUAAAAAUUUGCCUCAAUCCUGAAGAUUAACUCCCACUAACCUACUGCCAUUUUGUUUACAUGAACCAGUUUGACCAGUAUAAAUGACCUGAGAAAGUGUUGGAACAUCCUUCUACCCUGUUGCAAUAUAAUGGCUUUGAACCCACUUUAAAAAAGUGCUUUCACAUAUGUAGUGUUUAGCUGGUUUGAAUGGAACACUGGUAUGUUCUCAUCAUCAGUGAGAAAACAGUCAGGCAAUCACGCUCGGGUCUGAGAGUGUCAUAGCAAAGUGGUCUCAGUAUUGCUUCCAAGUGUAUUCUAGUAAGAAAGCAAUUAGUCUCUGAAUCAACCCAAAUAAAUAAAAAGAGAAAAUAAACACUGGCCGUGAUACACAAAGUGUUUUUUAGUCUAAUUCCCUGUUCUCCAUGCUUGGGUAAUUUUUGUGAUUUCUAAAGGUUUGUUUACAUUCUUCCCUAGCCAUAUGAGGAUUUUUUUUUAGCACUACAUGCAUCUCAGCCAGCAUUUGUUGGAUGUGAAACGAAAUAGCAAGCGAAACAAAAGUAUCAAAUUUCGCUCUCAACAAGCAGUCUACAUGUGAAAGCAUCUAGAGAACUGCUAAAAAUUUCAAAAGCAAGUGAAACAAGAGCACAAAUGUCAUCCUGAAGUAUCACACAGUGUCUUUUAAACACUGAACAACCCAUAACUCUGACAUUAGGAUGGUCUAAAGAGCUGUUUUUGAAUGGAUAAUAAAUUCGGCUUGAUUUAAAAUGAAAUUGCAUAACAAGGAAAAGGAAUGAUGAAAGGCAAAUAUCUUACCAAUUCAGUGCACAAUGUUUUGAUCUAGUUAAUCUAGUAAAUAUAUAGCCAUUUUUAACCAAAGAAAAUUUAACAUAUUCAGCAUCUGCUAAACAUGCAUCUUCCCACAAUUAAAUAUAAAUUUCUAGCACACUCAGAACACACAGGAAAGUCGUAUAUUUCUUCAACAGGAGAGCACAACAUGUUUUUUUUUGGUGGGGGGGAUUGCAUGGAUGAGUGGCUUGGUUGCAUUAGUGUUGAUAUCGUUUUCCCUUUACUCCCACUUGAAUACUGUAGUGUUGUGAUUUUGCAUCAGUAUUCUCUGCUGUAAUAACACAUCGUCACUCAAGUGGAUAUUUAUCUCUGUAUCCUAUGAAACAGUGUUCCAGUGGUUCUGCAUGACCGUGAAUAAACAGAGUCCCUGAUUUCUCGUUGGGUUCUUAUGAAACACCCUCGAUGAAAAGACGCUUCCCUGAGCAAGCUGGUACAUCCAGCCUGUGACGUUUCUAUUGUAUGUUUAUAUCGUGCUUGUCUGUGAUGGCAUGUACAGAAAAUACCUCCAGCCUGCAAUAAACAUUUCAUGUCUGGAUUUUAAUCAUGUGCCUCAUGAGUCUGUUACCUUCAAUUACCAGAGAUAAUUUCCCAGCUGUUA